AUGGCGUACUCAGGACACACUCCGCCAGAGCCCAUGGGUCGCAGUCCGACUCCUGGCUCAACCGUCGACAUGCCUAGGAACCGAUUGCCGACUCUAUUCGAGGUGUUGGCCCGACGGACUCAACCUCCCGUUGACCUGUUCUCUUUCUACAUUUACAUGAGAGAUCAGCAACGUUCCGUUGAUUACUUGGAUUUCUGGCUUGAUGUUGCCCAGCACAUGUCGCUAUGUCGACACUAUGUUCGGGAACUUCGACGAUCAGUAUUGGUGGGGACUCCGGACAUAGAGAAGGAUGACAAGUCUAAGCGCUCCUCCAUGGCCCUGGAAGCUCUUGGCGAUGUGAGGGACUCGCCAGCUGGGCCGUCGCACUAUAUCAACGAGAAGGAGCGGGAGCAGAAUGCCCAAAUGUCAGCCUAUCUUCGCGAUCAGCCUCCGACUCCAGGAACACCAGGUGGAAUCCAAGAGUCUCCCGCCAGCAGUCAAGAACGUAGAGCACGUGCCAGCACGCAACUCAGCUCUCCCCGCAACAUGACCACGGAUUCAAAUUCGCCGGCACACGCUGUCUCUAGGGAGGAUAUUCGGGCGAGUGCCGAGAGAAUUCUGUUCACCUUCUUGAUUCCUGGUGCAGAACGAGAAAUUACGUUGCCUGGAUCCAUUACUCACGAUAUCACGACCGCCAUUGAGCAGGAAGGUCGAGACGACCCAGAGGUAUUCGACGUCGCUAAAGACUACGUUUUCCAAGCCAUGGAGCGCGAUGCUUUCCCCGGAUUCCUGCGAGCACGCGCUCUGGGCAACUUGAUUCCGCCAACCAUUGUGGCUAGGCUGAUCAUUGGUCUCGUCUCCAUCUUUGGUGGGUUUUGGACAGCAUUCGUGCUCAUAUUCCUUAACAUGUCCAGAAGUACACGAUGCUGGGUGAUACUGCCUUUCACUGUUGGCGUCUACUUUCUAGCCUCCUACCAGUACUCCUUGGAUCCGCUGAUGGCCAUUGCCGGCUAUUCGGAGUAUACAACGUUCAACUUUACCCGUAUCAGAGAGCCCUAUGUCCGCAAGUUGCUUAUCAAGCGAUCUCUCAUGGUGCUUGCUGUCACUGCACUCGUUGAUGCUGCACUCUGUGUGCUGUUCAUCCUUGUUCCAGGAAAGAGGCUCUAA